AAUCAUCAGUUUACGGUGGCUAAGAUUGGUUGAAUGAUGAGAGGCUACUCCUUGCGUUUUCUGUUUCCUGUAAUUGAGAUUCAGUGCGUUGCCAGGGACAGCCUUGGACAAAUAAACAGAAGGAUCAAGUUGUUCGUAAUUUUUUGUACAAAGCAAUGGGCCUUUGAAAGAGACAGUCGAACAAAGUUGGAUUCCACUAAUUGUAAAUGGAAAACAUCAGGAUGUCUGACAUUGCAAAAGACAAAGCCGCUCGCUUACUGAGGAAGACUGGUAGCUUUUCUUCACUCAGUAGCUAUGAUGUCAAAGUGAAGGAAAGCAGGCGAAAGCAAAAGGAUUCCAUGAGUACUGUGUCCUAUAUGGAUGAUCCAGGUCAUCACGAUGAUAUUCCACGGCCAGCACAACAAAUGGAAAACACAUAUCAGUUAUAUCCAACAAAGUAUUUCCCAGGGGCCACUGUGAACAAUAUUCUCAAAGACGUCCUGCCAAGCUAUUUACAGGAGGAGAAGUAUGAGCCUGAACUCUGCAGGCAAAUGACGAAGACCAUUUCAGAAGUCAUAAAAGCUCGAGUAAAGGAUCUCAUGAUUCCACGAUACAAGAUAAUUGUUUUAAUCCAUAUUGGACAGCUGAAUGAACAGAGUAUACGCAUUGGCAGCCGUUGUCUUUGGAAUUCCAAAACAGACACAUUUUCUUCUUUCUCUUUCUGUAACCAGUCUCUGUUUGCUGUUGCUAAUGUUUUCGCGGUGUACUUUGAGUGAAAUGUGCCUGGACAAUACAAUAAAAAAUUGCAAUGAUCCUGACUAGAAAGCUUCCACUCCAAGAAAUCAUAUGUAUGUUAUUUGAUAUCAGUGACAUUCAACAUAUGCUGGGGACCACACUGCAGUCUGACUGUCCCCAUUUAUAAGUGUCAGCAGACUUCCAACAGUCUUGUCCUCCUGUGGGAUAUUAAACAACUGGGAUUUUGACUUGUUCUCUUUUUCUUGCUAGCAAAAGAAGGCAAGACAAUGAUAUUUGAAUGUAGAGCUUUCCUACCUUCUGUAUAAGCAACUAAACAAGCAUAGAUGGUAAUGAAAAUAAAGAAACCUCUUACAUUUUUGCUAUAGCGCCUUCACAGCAGACCAAAGUGCUUUCCAGCCAAUUAGUUCUGCAACUAAUUUGCACACAGCAGACAGGAAGGUAAUUAAUAGCCAAGAUCAUUUAUUUUCUGACACUGUGCAAUAAACAUUGGCCAGGGCAUCAGCAAUAAUUCACAGAAAUUAGGAUCACGAGUAGGCCAUUUGGCCCUUUGAGCAUGUUCUGCCAUUCAUUCUGAUCAUGGCUGAUCAUUGACUCAAUAGCCUGUUCCUGCUUUUCCCCCAUACCCACUGAUGCCUUUGCCUUGAUGCUAAAUCCAAUCCCUCCUUGAA